UUUUCGAGUGGUGGCUGGUUUGACCGCAGUCGAACGAGCGAUCAGUCAGAACAGGACAGGUGAUUUCAUUUACAAUUUUGUUUUCCAUCAUGAAAAGGACAGCUAAGCCUUCGGGCGUACAGUUCCGUAAAAGAAGAAAAGCGGAGGAGUAAAAGUCAAAAUGUAAAGUGUUCCCACGCCCAAUUAUGCUGCCAGUGAAUACACAACCCUGACGUGUCAGUGUUAUUCAUCCUUGAGCUUUCAUCAUGACUGGAAGAAUUCUUCUGUUGGGACUCCUGCUCAUCUGUGUAGCUGCAGAUGCAAAGAACAUGGGAUCCCCGAGAAAGCCAUCUUGUCCUGGCACUGAUGGGUUUUUGGCAUGCCCCCUGAACUUUGCUCCCGUGUGUGGUAGCGAUGGAAACACAUACCCAAACGAGUGUACCCUUUGUGUUCACAGACAGACAACAAAGAUGGAUGUUUUGAUUGCUCACAACGAAGCCUGCUGACCUGUUUAGCUGCCCAACAAGUGGAUACCAACAGUGAAAAUGUUUCAAUCUUUAUAAUAAUAAUAAUAAUGAAUAAUAAACGUCUACGGACAACAUAAUUAGGUGAAGAAA